CUAACUAACCUAAAAUAUUGCAGUCGAAUCGAAAAUGAAUCAAAGUUGUGUUAUCUAAUUAGUUUAAAUAAACAUUGUGAGUUGAAAAAAUACUAAAUCCUUUACAAAUUUCUAUUCGUUGAAGCGUUGCAAUGUUUUGUCCCGAUUUUUCUGAGUUUCAGGAUGUCCUGAAGAAGAUGCGUGUUUUAGAUGACAAGAUAGUGUAUGCACUCAAUACAUCCAUUCCCACAGAGUCUUUCAGAAAAAAAGUAGAUGCAACCUCUGCAUGUGCAGACUUGUACUCGCAGAUUCAGAAGGGACAUACCGACCGGGAAGCCGUAAUUAAAAAUUGCAUAGUGUCUACGGCUGAUACUGUAAAAAAAUUAAGGGCAGCUAAGGAAGAGAGGCCUGAUGAUUAUGAUGUUUUGAAAUCUUUAAAGGCAGAACAACGAAAGCUUCGCCUUCUGCAAACUGAACUGAGCGUGGAAGAGGUGAUCCGUGAAAAAACAACAAAGCUGUUUACAGAGAAGUGUAGAAGCUAUUACAAGCCUGACAACUUAUGAAGACUGAGAAUUGAAAAAAUUGUUUUUGAUCCUUUAGUGUAUAUAUUAUAAAUAGAUUUGAGUUAA